CUUUUCCCUCCCUCCUCUCCUCUCCUCUCCUCUGAUCUCCCGCAUCCGUCCCGCCGAGGGAUAGAGAUGGCCGCGCUCCGCCUCCCCGCCCCGCCGACGGCGAGGUGGUCCCCGCCGCAGCCGUCCUCCGCGCGGUGGCAGCAACCCCCGUGCCGUGGCGGCGCCAGGCGUCCCGCGGCGCUGCGGGCCGGCGGGAAGGAGGGCCCGGAGGGGCCGCCGGUGAGGACGCUCCUCAUCGACAACUACGACAGCUACACCUACAACAUCUUCCAGGAGCUCUCAGUCGUCAACGGCGUGCCGCCUGUGGUGGUGCGUAACGACGAGUGGGCGUGGAAGGAUGUUUACAACUGGGUGUACAAGAAGAGGGCCUUCGACAACAUCGUGAUCUCGCCGGGGCCUGGAUCUCCGGCGUGUCCUAGCGACAUAGGUGUAUGUCUGCGGAUACUUUGCGAGUGCGGAGAUAUACCCAUCCUGGGUGUCUGCCUUGGCCACCAGGCCUUGGGACUAGUUCAUGGCGCUAAGAUUGUUCAUGCUCCUGAAGCUAUACAUGGACGACUUAGUGAAAUCGAACAUAAUGGAUGCUACCUCUUUAAUCAUAUCCCAUCAGGUAUAAACUCUGGGUUCAAGGUAGUGCGCUACCAUUCACUUGUAAUAGAAGCAAGCUCACUGCCUCAGGAUCUUGUAUCAAUAGCAUGGACUGCUUCUCCCAGAAUGCUAUCUUUCCUUGAUAGCGAUCAGCCGGACAACACUUCAUUCUGGGGAUCAUUGAAUAACUUUGCCACAACAGACCCUUCAGGGCACACUAACAAUUGUGAAGUUCCAAUUACCAUAAACAAUGCUAGUAAGCCCGACGGCUACAAGAUUGUCAUGGGCAUCAAACAUUCCAGCAUGCCUCAUUAUGGAGUGCAGUUCCAUCCAGAGAGUGUUGCUACUCAUUACGGAAGACAGAUUUUUCAGAACUUUAAGAGGAUAACAACUGAUUUUGGAUCACAAUCGUCCUUGUUUCAGGAAAGAAAGGUUCACAGUAUUGGUAAACUGGAAAGCCCUCAAGUCAAUUCUGCAGAUCAAUGCAAUUAUGUCCUGAAGGGUUUGUCGCACACUGAUGGACUAGAGCUUGAUGAUUCUGUUCGGGUUCACAUGCUUAAAGAGAGAAACAGCGAGAAAAAAUAUUUACGGUUGAGAUGGAAGAGGAUUGAUAACUUUCUUAGCUGCACAGGUGGCUCUGAAGACAUUUUCUCGGAGCUUUUUGGUCAUCAAAAUGCUGAAGAUACAUUUUGGCUGGAUAGCUCGUCAGUUGAUCAGAACAGGGCACGCUUUUCAUUUAUGGGAGGUAAGGGCGGACCUCUGUGGAAGCAAAUGACGUUUCACCUCUCCAGUCAAAGAGCCAACUGUGGAGGAACCAUUACUAUUCGAGGUGCUCAUGGAUCUGCUGUGAAAAACUCUCUUAAAGAUGGCUUCUUGGAAUUCCUUCACAAGGAGAUCCAGUCCAUUAAAUACAAUGAAGAGGACUUUGAAGGGCUGCCAUUUGACUUCCAUGGUGGAUUUGUUGGAUAUCUAGGGUAUGGUCUUAAGGUCGAAUGUGAUGCAUCAUUUAACAAAGCUAAAUCAAGUACUCCUGAUGCAUGCUUCUUCUUUGCUGAUAACCUUGUGGCGAUCGAUCACAACAAUGGUGAUGUAUAUAUUCUGUCGUUAUAUGACGAAUAUUCUUUGAGUAAUGGAAAUGGAAUGCACCAUAAUAAAACACAUACUUCAUGGUUGCUGGAGACUGAGAAGAGGCUUCUCAGGAUGGCUGCUAUGUCACCAGGAGUUAAUGGAAAGUCAAUUAUUGGAUCAUCCAAUUUGAAUAAGCAAAGUUUUGUCGUAGAAAAAACAAAGGAGCAAUACAUUAAGGAUGUUCAAAGUUGCCUGGAUUAUAUCAGAGAUGGAGAAAGUUAUGAGUUGUGCCUAACUACUCGGAUGAGGAGAGGGGUAGAGUAUAUGAAUGCCCUGCAACUGUACCUUAAAUUGAGAAAACAAAAUCCAGGCCCAUAUGCAGCUUGGCUUAACUUCUCCUCAGAAAACCUGAGUAUAUGCUGCUCUUCUCCUGAAAGGUUUCUGCGACUAGAUCGAAAUGCAAUUCUAGAGGCAAAACCAAUCAAAGGUACAAUAGCACGUGGCAGAACACCAGAGGAAGAUGAGUGUCUACGUUUGCAACUGAAAUACAGUGAAAAGGACCAGGCUGAGAACUUGAUGAUUGUUGAUCUCUUAAGAAAUGAUCUGGGUAAGGUCUGCGAGCCUGGGAGCGUGCAUGUUCCUCGCCUCAUGGACGUUGAAUCAUAUAAAUCUGUUCACACCAUGGUGAGCACCAUCCGCGGAACAAAGAAGCCUGAUCUAAGCCCGGUAGACUGCAUCAAAGCCGCCUUUCCAGGAGGCUCGAUGACGGGUGCCCCGAAGGUCAGGUCGAUGGAGAUCCUCGACGCGUUGGAGAGCAGCCCAAGGGGAAUAUACUCGGGGUCGAUCGGGUUCUUCUCGUACAACCGCACGUUCGAUCUGAACAUCGUGAUCAGGACGGUAGUGCUGCACGACGGGGUGGCCUCGGUCGGAGCAGGCGGGGCGAUUGUGGCGCUGUCAGACCCGGAGGCGGAGUACGCCGAGAUGAUGCUCAAGGCGAGGACGCCGACGAGGGUCGUCGAAGAGUGCAGCCAACAAGCGGCGGCGCACAGCAGUCCGGACCGAUCGGAUUCGGUGCGGACAACUAUAAGCUAGAAGCAGCUCUCUGAAACUAAACCAGCGUGGCAAGGUUCAGCGGACAUCAACAAGCAUGGAUUUUGGCCUGACAAGGUAAGCUCAUCAUCUCUGCUGCGGUUGGCCUUUGGCAGAAGGAGGGUGGGCUGAAAAUCAUUGGUGAACAAGAGGGUGCUUGAAAGGGAAUUUUUUUUUUGUUUUUUAGAGGAAAAGCCGGAAGUGAAGAUUUCAUGUUGGUGGCCUAGUAGUAGCAUUGACUAGAAUAUACAGGCAAAUCAAAUUUUGGCAUACAUUAUUUCGUUUCCCCCCAAGAAUUAAACCAGUGGUAAUGCGCACUGAUAGCUAUUCUUUUUGGGGACGAUGUAGUGUUGGUUUCCCCCCUGUUGUAAUCUUACUUAAGAAGUUGAUCCUUACUAUUACCAAUUCUCUUAACAUGCCCACUGUCUACAUCAGCUUCAUGCAA